UUUUUUUGUUGUGUAGAGGUUUGAGAAUGACCCCAUUUUUAAUUUUGUUGUCCGUGUCUUUCAUUGUUAUAAGUAGUACUGAAGGAGCAAGAAGUGUUGAAGAUCUUGAAAUAGAUAGACAACUCAAGAUUCUGAACAGACCCUACAUCAAAAGCAUCAAGACUGUAGAAGGUGAUAUCUUUGAUUGCAUUGACAUCUAUAAACAACCGGCCUUUGAUCAUCCUUUGCUUAAAAACCAUAGCAUUCAGCUGAAACCUAGUGCUUUACCAGAGGAAAUGAGAGAAGCAGAUGAAACUUCACCGCCUCUAGCCAAACUUUCUGCUGUAGGAUUGAGUGAGGCCUGCCCAUUUGGUACUGUUCCCAUCAAGAGGACUCGAAAGGAAGACUUGAUAUGGGCGAAAAUGUUCGCGAAAAACUGUGUGUCGAACUCUGGCACUCCUUAUCAUCAUCAUGCGACAGCAAUAUUACCAGACAGUCCAGGCAAGCUCUACCUGGGAGCUGGCGCACGAGUUAAUACACAAAACCCACAAGUUACAAAUGCCCAAUUCAGUCUAGCAUUUGUACAGAUUCAAAGUGGCGUUAACGUGAUUGGUGCCAUUCAAGCUGGAUGGAUGGUGAAUCCAAGAUUAUAUGGCGAUAAUGCUACUCGAACUUUUGGUGCAUGGACGGCAGGCAAAGGUACUGGUUGUUUCAAUAUGCUCUGCUCAGGUUUUAUUCAAGUUAACUCGAAAUUUCCUCUGGGUUAUGUCAUUAGUAAGAUUUCCGAGUACGAUGGUGAACAAUAUUAUAUCAACUUUAAAAUAUUCAAGGAUAUCAAAUCAGGAAAUUGGUGGCUUGCACAUGAUGACUUGAAUAAACCUGUUGGGUAUUGGCCAAACUCCUUAUUUUCAAGUCUAUCCAGCUAUGCAACUCAGAUAACAUGGGGAGGAGGAGUUUUGACAGACAACAAUGACGCUAGUCCCCCAAUGGGAAGCGGCCACUUUGCAGAUGAAGGCUACGCCAGGGCUGCUUAUCAACGAGAACUUCAAAUUGUAGAUCAAUCCAACAAAUUGAUAUAUGUUGACGACGAUUUACUGCAAUAUGACGCAGAUAUCCAAAAAUGUUACACCGUAGAGAAACUUUAUGGAACUGACCAUGGCUUCCUAUAUGGCGGCCCUGGUGGUAUUUGUGAAGGGUAAUUUAGAG